CGCACCCUCCAGCCCGCGGCGUCCUCCCGCAGCCGGCUCCCGAAGAUGGCGGCCCUAAAACUCCUCUCCAGGCUACGGCUCUGCGCCUCCGCCCGCGGCUCCGGGGGCGCCUGGUCCAAGGGAUGUGUUUGCUACUUUUCUACAAGUACUCGUUGCCAUACCAAAUUUUAUACAGAUCCAGUGGAAGCUAUAAAAGACAUUCCCAAUGGUGCAACAAUUCUGGUUGGUGGUUUUGGGCUAUGUGGAAUUCCAGAGAAUCUUAUAGGAGCUUUACUAAAGACUGGAGUAAAAGGACUAACUGCAGUCAGCAAUAAUGCAGGGGUUGACAACUUUGGCUUGGGCCUUUUACUUCAAUCCAAGCAGAUAAAACGUAUGGUCUCUUCGUAUGUGGGAGAAAAUGCAGAAUUUGAACGACAGUACUUAGCCGGUGAAUUAGAAGUAGAGCUGACACCUCAGGGCACGCUUGCAGAGAGGAUCCGUGCAGGCGGGGCUGGAGUUCCUGCAUUUUACACCAGCACAGGGUAUGGGACCCUGGUACAAGAAGGAGGAUCACCCAUUAAGUACAACAAAGAUGGCAGCGUUGCCAUUGCCAGUAAGCCAAGAGAGGUGAGGGAGUUCAAUGGUCAGCACUUUAUUUUGGAGGAAGCAAUUACUGGGGAUUUUGCUUUGGUGAAAGCCUGGAAGGCAGACCGAGCAGGAAAUGUGAUUUUUAGGAAAAGCGCGAGGAAUUUCAACUUGCCGAUGUGCAAAGCUGCAGCAACAACAGUGGUGGAGGUAAGAGAAGAGCUUAUUUCUGAAUUCCUGAGAGUAAUUUUAGCUCUUGGGCUGGCUGGUAGCCGCAGCCCCUCCUCCCAUUGCAACCGUGAGAAUACACUGAACCAAGUAGCACAGGAACAGCUGCGACGUCUCCAUGGCAGGUGCGUGUUACUGGCCGAGCCAACCACUGAGAGCCAGGUCACUGCAAUUUGCGAGCUUCCUCCUCACGGGUGUUUCAAGGGAUCGUGCACUGGUGGCUUAGCUAAUUUGGGCAUAGGAAUCCCUCUUCUGGCCAGCAACUUUAUUAGCCCAAAUAUGACUGUUCAUCUUCAAAGUGAAAAUGGAGUCCUGGGUUUGGGUCCAUAUCCAUUACAGCAUGAAGCUGAUGCAGAUCUAAUUAAUGCAGGCAAGGAAACAGUUACUGUUCUUCCAGGAGCCUCUUUUUUCUCCAGUGAUGAAUCAUUUGCAAUGAUUAGAGGCUGGCAUCGAUUAUUGACUUAUGAAGGGAAGCAGAUCUGUAUGAUCAGCUAUGAGAGCUGGUUAUUGAAAGCAAGAAAUGGCAGCCCCCCCGGCAGGGCUGUAGUACGUGAGAGGCCUAAGAGCCGAGGGCCCUCCACUACUGUGGAGAGGGGGAAGAUGGUGAAAGGAAUGGGUGGUGCUAUGGAUUUAGUGUCCAGUGCCAAAACCAAAGUGGUGGUCACCAUGGAGCAUUCAGCGAAGGGAAAUGCACAUAAAAUCAUGGAGAAAUGCACAUUACCACUGACUGGAAAGCAAUGUGUCAACCGCAUUAUUACUGAAAAGGCUGUGUUUGAUGUGGACAAGAAGAAAGGGCUGACUCUGAUUGAGCUCUGGGAAGGCCUAACAGUGGAAGACAUACAGAAGAGUACCGGGUGUGAUUUUGCAGUUUCACCAAAACUCAUGCCAAUGAAGCAGAUCACAAAUUGAAAUGCGG